AUGGAGUUCUCUCCCGAGUCUCCUGGCUCCAGGGAGGCACCUUCUUCGCCGACGGCCUCCCCUUUGUCACCGAAGAGGGCAAGCUACAUGAAGCACUGGUUUGCCACCGGCAGCAACCUCUCCCGCCAGCACGUCUCCGGCGAGGAUAUCCGCAAGAUCUGGUUGUUCAGCGUCCGCGCGAUGCAGGCCCGCGCCGAGUUGAAGAGGAGGCAGCUUGAGCUGUCCGAGAGGAUGCUGAAAGAGCGGCGGAGCGGGUUUGCGAGCACGCUCUUGUCGACGUGCGCCACCAGCUACCAGUGGAAGCUCUUCGUUGUUGUUCAUCUCGUUAUCACCUUCUUGACUUGA